AGGAGCAUUCAAGAAGGAGGUCAGAGGUCAUUCUGCUGCAAUGGAGAGCAACCAAUCAAGCGGGGUCUUGAAGCUGGCUCUUAUUCUGGUCCUACUUGGACAGGGAGCCAGUCAAAUGAUGAGCGAUUUUGAGAUGUGUGGGACGUGGAACCACGGAACAUCCGGAAAUCUCUGGUUCGACGUGAGCACGGGGUGUGGCACCGUCACCGUGGCGGCCAAUGAGACCACUCUGUCCAUCCAGGGGAGCAUCAUGGGAACAUGCAAGAAUUCCUCUACGAUCCCACUGACCUUGGGAGAAGGGGAAAUCCGGUUCUGUGUGUACUGGGAGCCCCUCCUGGACCUCCUGCAGGUGAAGGUCGGAGAGAGGAUCCACACCCUGUGCAAGACCGCGGCUCUCCAGAAGUCCUGCUGCUCCUCCCUGUCCCGAAAGGGCAACACCAAUGCCUCUGGAACCUUCGGAAUUUCGAACGGGAGCAUAAAAGGCGAUGUCAUAGAGGGACGACUUCAAGAAUCCUACACAUUCUUUGGCGAAAGGGAGGACUGCUAUAAAGACUUGUGCGCUGAACAUCAUGCACAAUUAAUCGAACAGUUGGCCCUCAGGUCAGGUGUGAUUGGACAGGUGGACCUGCCGUGCGCUCACGUUUCCACCAAGAAACUGGAGAAGGGGUUUCAGGGCUUCAAAGUCGAUAUUCAGGCCCCUGAAAAGAAUCCCCUCAGAAAUGAGCCACCGCCGGUCUCUGUUUGGCUGCCCGCCUCUCUGGUGCCCAGUGAGGAGGGAGGAGCCACCGUGGUGUUUACAUACUACGCAGAAAACACGCUGUUCCAGGGCCCUGAGGACAGGAUACUGGACGGGGUGGUGGGCAUCUCCGUGGAGAACAGGGUCAUCGCCAGCCUCCCCGAUCCCGUCAAGAUCGUCUUCCAUCACGGGCCGGUGGCGAAAAAUGAAUCGACCAAAUGUGUGUUCUGGGACACAAAGAAAGACCCUACCAAUGUAACCUGGAGAGACGAAGGGUGCAACACGAUCAGGAGACAGGAGGAAACAGAGUGCCGCUGUGACCACCUGACCUACUUCGCCAUCCUGGUGGAGCUGAACCCCGGCUCGCCGGUGGACGACCUGGAGGCCCUGACGUACAUCACGUCCGUGUGCUGCGCCAUCUCCCUGUGCAGCUGCGUGGCCCUCAUCAUCCUGCACACCAAAGCGCUGAGGGUGACAAAGGAAGAAUCGUUGAUCCCCAUCCACCGCAACCUGGCGGUGGCGCUGCUCCUGCUCUGCACCCUGUUCAUGCUGACGGGCGUGCUGGCGAACGUGGCGGGCGAGGGCAUGUGCCGGGCGGUGGGCGCUGCCCUCCACUACGCCCUGCUCUGCUCCUUCGCCUGGAUGGCCAUCGAGGUCUUCGCCGCCUUCUGGCUGAUCUGCCAAGUGAUGAACAACUUGCCCCGCCUCCGUGUCCUCAACGCUCUGGGCUUCGGUCUCCCAGCUCUGCUCGUCGUCGUGUUUGUGUGCAUAAACGAUGUGUACGGGACUCGAGCCAUCACACCCAGCGAUGACGUCAGCAGCCCCUACAAAAUGUGUUGGAUCAAGGACACCUGGAGGGGCAACCUAAUCCACUUCAUCACCAAUGUGAGCUUCUCGGUGGCGGUUGUGUUCGCGGGCCUGGUGAUGCUGAGCUUGGUCCUGUGGAUGCUCCUGACGCGGAAGGAGUGGGGUCGGACGUGGAGCACCUUCCUCAGCAUCUGGGGCCUCAGCUGCCUGUUCGGCUGCACCUGGGGCCUGGGGCUCCUGCUGCUCGCUCCCCCGUCCCGAGUCGCCACCUUCCUGUUCUGCAUCAUCAACUCCCUGCAGGGUUUCCUCCUCUUGGUGCGGUACUUCAUGCUGGAGUGGAUAAAGAAGCGGAAAUCUGACAAAGAGCAUCAGUCUACAGGAUCCUCUGUGUGCCCCAUGAUACCACAGGGAUCUAAAACUCAGGACCAAGGAUCCAGACAAGAUUUAGAGAUCCACCCGGCACCAAAUUCUACAGGAGCCAGAACAGAUUUAGAGAUCCACCUGGAUCCAGAGUAGAUUUAGCGAUCCACCCAUUACCACAUGCUAGAGGAGCCAGAAUAGAUCCCCCCUCCUGCAGGAAGUGGACAGGGGUUAGAGAUCCACCCGGCACCACUUCCUGCAGGAGGCGGGAAAGGUUCAGCGCCAUGAAUCUGAUGACCUGGGCAUUGUGGCGACAUGGUGGAUCUUGAGUAAGCUUGCAUUAUUAGUGUUGGCCGUACUGUAUUGUAGCUUAUUGUACUGUGCUUUCUUUCAGUCUUCUCACUGUUGCUGUGGCAUUUAGGAGCACUUGAGCUGCUUACUGCACAGGACUGCUUUUCUUUCUAACAUCCUGCUUACACAUCUUUAUUUAAAAUGAAUGCUUUGGGCGCCCGUGUGCAUCAUUGUAUGGAGCCCUUGCAGCAGCAGUGCUGUGCUAUGGCACACAGGUGGUCCAGGGGGCCUUGCGUCAGCACUGAAUUCCCUGUCCUACUUCGCAAUAUCCGUGCCCCCUGACCCAUAGCCGCUCUCAUCUACGGUCAUGUGUCUCCACACUGGUUAAUACGACUCCUGCAGUUUGCCGACUCCAGCUGCUGUGAGGCAAGAGAGGCCCUGGUUGGCUACGUACGUAGCUAGUGUGGCAGGCCCCCCCCCCGAAUUAACGAAGAGCAUUGCGUGUUGGAUUGAGGAUGUCCAAUUCAGUUUUUUUAAAAACAAAUCAACAGUCGCGUCGUCGUUAAUUCACCUCAUGUCAUGAUCAGUGAUAUCAUCCUCUGAAGGAAUGAUUUUUCAUGUGUACGUAUGCUGCACUGUUGACAGGUUUGGCAGUUUGCGGAGGGUUUCUGCGUGUGCCACAUAUUUGACCCUCUCAGAGGGAGUUAGAGCCAGUAGCAACAUUCACAAAGGCAGGUCAUCCACCACGGGCAGAGAGUAUAAACACACUGAUUUGUUCAAAAAAUAAUCUGUUUUUGGAAGGUUGCCAUGGCAUUACUGUGUUCUAGAAUGUCACCUGAAGGUGGCAGCAGUGACCUCAGGCUGAAUGUGACUGUAAAUAUUUCUUUCCAGUAAUUUCAGUUUAAUUUAAACUUCCAGUCAGAAUCACUGUUUUUUUUUCAGCAGCGGAUAGAUUGAAAAUAUAAUGUACAGUAGAUUUUUUUAUUGUAUUUUGCACUUUCUUUUUGUACAGAAGUUUGUUUUUUAAUAAACUAAAAAAUAUAUAUAUUUUUGUAUGUGUUGUACUCUUUUGGUUUGGUUUGGAAAAUGAUAAUUCUCUUAAAAGUUUUCAAACAUUUAUGUGAUCAGUACGGAAGUAAAACUUGAGUCUGAAACAUU